AUGGCUGAUUCGAACAGCCAACAACAUCGAACUGUUGCCGGUGGUACGGAGUUACCCAACCUCAAUGAUGAUCCUGGUUCACCCUUAAAUGUUGUCCCACAUAAUCUUUCACUUCAUUUUGCAUUUAAUGAAGAUGAAGAUGCUUUGGGUGAGGGUAGAGUUUCACUAGAUCCUGAACCUAUUUCUUCAGAGCUUCCAGCCUCACUUCUGAAUCAAAAUGGCCCAAAUAAUGAUGAAGAUGGUGUUCAGGAUUGUACUUUUACGCAGUUGCUAUCCACAGGUGUUCAUGCGGACGAGGAAUUUUAUGUUCACCACACACCCAAUGGGACUAGAAUGUGGUGUCCUAAUGUUCCUAUUGUUUUAAAGCCUGUUGUUGGUUCUGUAUAUGAAACAUGGAAGGAUGUGUUCAGUAUGUACAAGGACUAUGCUGUGUAUUCUGGGUUUUCUAUUCAUAAGGGGCAAACCAAGAGAUGGAAGGGGUACAACAUGAUUUUUGUUCCUUUCACUGGCGUUGAUAAUCAUAAACAAUGUGUGACAUUCGGUGCUGGCUUGCUAUUCAACGAAACCACUGAGUCUUACAAGUGGUUGCUUGAAUCAUUUCUGAAGGCACACAAGAAGCAACCAAAGUUAGUUCUGACGGACCAGGACCCUUCAAUGAAAGCUGCCAUUUCAGAGGUUUUCACAGACUCUCGGCACCGCCUUUGCAUGUGGCAUAUUAUGAAGAAACUUCCCACCAAGUUUUGUGUUUUCAUAUGUAUAUAUUGCUGGAGACCUGUUACAAACUCUGAGCUAAGAGCAUUGAUUUAUCGUUUGGUGUGGAGUAUUCACAUGAAGCCAUCUACAUUUGAGACGCGUUGGCAACUUUUGAUGGAGGAAUAUAGGUUACAAGAUCACGACUGGUUGAAUGACAUGUACUCAAUUAGGGACCAAUGGGUACCUGCCUACUUCUGUGACAUCCCAAUGUGUUGUCUGAUGAAGACUACAUCAAGAUGUGAAAGCUCUAACUCAAGCUUCAAGGUCAACUCUUCUAGCGCUAACACACUAGUUCAGUUCAUGCUAUGUUACGAAACUAGGAUAGACAAUCAUCGUUACAGGCAACGUGUUGCAGAGUUUAAAACUUCAUCUAGUGUAUUCAUGGACAGUACUGACUUAGCUAUUGAGAAGCAUGCUUUUGAGUUGUAUACACAUGCAAUUUCCACAGAAGUAAGAAAAGAGAUAUACAAGGGGAAGCUGUUUUGUUACAUUGUAAACACGGAGGAUUGUGAUGAUGUUUGUGUUUACUAUGUGAAUCAGUUGGACAAACGUAACAAUACAACCAACACAUUCACGGUUAAACUUGAGUUGAGUAAUCAGUCGGUAUCCUGUUCAUGCAACAACUUCAUCCGUAUUGGAUAUCUGUGUAGGCACAUUUUUUGUGUUUACCGGGUAAACAAUAUUGAAAAAAUCCCGGCCCAGUUUGUUGUUAAGCGUUGGUCUAGGGACGUGCUUCCUAAAAGUUUAUUUUCUAUUGAGAGUCGAUAUGGCGUUGACACUCGUCCACAAGCUGCUGCGAGAAGUCAGAUUCUUGAGAUCGUAACUGAAUGUGUGGACGCAUUAAGAAGUGAUGUUGGAGGACUUUCUUCUUUCGCUGAGCAGAUAAAGGAACUGAAAUGCAAGUUACUAAAUGGAGGACCAGUUGAUGACGAAGCCAACAAUGAUAACUAUGCUGCUGUUGAAGAAUUGCUUGGUGUUUCUUUAGAUGGGGACGUAACUCUCAACAAUCCAGACGGGAUCAGGAACAAAGGACGCGGCAAACGCCGACGAUUGUCUAGAGCACCUCAGGAUGGAACGAGCAACUCUGCUGUCAAACCUCCCAAAACACCCAGGCUUUGCCGAACCUGUAUGAAGUACGUGACUGGGCAUGAUUCAAGAAAUUGCAAGAAAAAGAAGAACAAGAAUAAAUCGGGUAACGAGGACGAGGACUCAAGCUCUGCGAGUCAGGAGUCCACUUGA